AUGUCGACCUAUAAUCAAUCCCACUAUUACUAUUUCCUUCUCUUAAAGCUUCUCAGUGCACUCGUUGUUAUCUUUGGCCUCGGAAUCAUCAUAUUCUUUAUCGUGGUUCAACCUCACUCUUUCAAGUUCUAUGUGACUGAAGCCGAGCUAACCCAAUUCGACUACACCAACAACACCCUACACUACAACUUGGUUCUCAACUUCACCGUUCGCAACCCAAACGAAAAACUCAGCAUAUACUAUGACAAAGUGGAGGCAUUGGCAUUCUACGAGGGAUCAAGGUUCGCCAGUCCUGACGUCAUCACGGACAUGAACUCCUUCGGUCAGUGCAAGAAGAGCACAGACACCAUCAGCGCCGUUUUCGCAGGCCAGCAAAUGCUUCUUCUCGACAAUGAUCAGGUCUCUGAUUUCAACAAAGACAAGAGUGUUGGGAUUUAUAACAUUUAUGUGAAGCUCUAUUUCAGGAUUAGGUUCAGGGUCGGGGACUUCAUUACCCGAACCAUGAAGCCAAAGGUCAAAUGUGACCUCAAGGUUCCCUUCAUAAAUUCUAAUACAACCCUCACUCUCUUUGAGACCACCAACUGUGAUGUUCAUUUCUAG